CUAAUUUGUAGAGGGCAUAAUAAAAUUUCCACUUUUUCUACACAAUCGGUAUUUCAAACCAUGGGACAUGAACUGUCUCUUGUCAAUAUUUUGGUUUUUCUUGUUAUAAAUUAAUAAUUUAUACAAAUUAUUUUUUCUUUUGCCAUGGAAUGAUUAUAUAUUAAACUAUUUGAUUUAUAUAUAUAUAUGGAAAUAUGGAUAUACAUACAAAAGGAAAUGAUGUUUAAAUUUUCAUUUACUCUAUAGUUCUUCGUAAAUAUAAAUUAAUUUACUUAUAAUAAAAUGAAGUGGCAUAAUGUGUUGGAAGAACUUACAUCUAAUUUGACAAAAAUGCAUGCUUUCAAGGAAAGGGUAAAACAUGAACAUGAAUUAAUGUCUUUAUUAUGGAGUGAUGAGAGCUCAAGAAAACUUGUGUCUUUAUGGUUAAAGCACUGUUACAAUAAAAAGGAAUCAAAAUCCAUAGCAUUAGCACGAAAUUUUAAAGAAAAAGGAAAUAAACAAUUUCAAGCUAAAAACUAUUCUAAGAGUAUAGAAUUUUACACAAAAUGUGCACUAUAUGCUCCAGCAAAGAGUUCUGAAUUACCAGUGGCUAUUGCAAAUCGAUCUGCAUCUUUAUUUUAUUUAAAUAGAUACCAUGACUGCAUAAAAGAUAUUGAACUAGCAAUUCAAUUUAAAUGUCCUAAGGAAAUACAUUACAAAUUACAUUUGCGUUUAGUGAAAUGUUACUUAAAAUUAGGUAAACCAGAUUUAGCAAAAGAAAUGAUUUCAAAAAUACGUACAUUAAUUAAUAAUCCCGAUUAUGUUACAUCUUCUAUGAAAGAUGAUGUUGAAAAACAAAUUUCUGAAAUAAAAUUCAAUGUAUCAAUCAUACAAGAGGAGAAAAAGAAUGUUUAUAGCUUGUUAGACUUAAAGUCUAAACUUAUGUUUGACGAAAAUCCUAAUUUUCCAUAUGCAUCAGUAAGCAUUGAUAGGAGAUACAAUGAAGAAUUAGGGAGACAUGUAAUAGCAAAUAGAUUUAUAAGGAAGGGUGAAAUCCUAUUUUUAGAAAAGCCUGUAAGCUUUGUAGUAUUAAAUCAUGAUACAAUGGAUCAUUUUUGUCAAAAUUGUAAUUAUUCUGACACAGACGUUCUUGUGCCAUGCACAGAGUGUUUAAUUACUUUUUAUUGCAAUGCUAAUUGCUUAAAUGAAGCAUGGUCUUCAUAUCAUCGUUGGGAAUGUCCUGGAAGUCAAAUGAAUCUAUGGAGAGAAAUUGGAAUAGGACAUUUAGCACUGAAAGUUUUACUUACUUGUGUGACCACAACAGAUACAAUUAAAUUUAAUGAAAUCCAAAACUUAAUAACUAAUUUUAAUAAGUUACCCAUAGAAGAUCUAAUAGUAUAUGGCAUUACAGCCAUGAUGCUUACUACAUAUUUAUUAGAAUACACUGACUUCUUUGAAAGAAAUAAUCUCAAUGAUCACCUUGCGAACAAAUUUUCUGAUAACAGUUUUAAUUCCAAUUUUGAUAUUAUAACGGAGAAUAAUAAACAUCUUUACAUAAGUUCUCUACUUUUGAAAUAUAUCCUACAACUUAUUUGUAAUGGACAUGCUGUUUCCAAGUCAGACAUAUUAUUAAACAAAGAUAAUUUUUAUAUGGAUCAACAAGAUAUUAUAGCUACAGGAAUUUAUCCAUCUGCAAGUAUAAUGAAUCAUUCUUGUGAUCCCAACAUACUUAACAUUUUUAUGGAUCAGUACCUGAUUGUUAGAGCAUUAAGAGAUAUUGCUACAAAUGAAGAAGUUUUUAAUUGUUAUGGUCCCCAUUACAGACAUAUGUCAAGAGAAGAAAGACAACAAAUACUGUCAAGUCAAUAUCAUUUUAUUUGUAAAUGUAAACCUUGCACUCAACCAGAUUUGCAAUAUUUCUUGGAAAGAUUUAGUGCUCUGAACUGCUUAAAAUGUACUGGUGCAUUGUGCAACAUUAAGAAUUCUUUAUUUUGUGUAGACUGUUUUGACAAACCUAUAACUUAUCAGCAAAAUAAAAUAAAACAAGCUGAUGCACUUUUUCAAGCAGCUGAAGAAUGUAUAGAUCAAGAAAAACUUGAAGAAGCAUUAAAUAAAUUUAAAAAAUGCUUACACAUUAGGAAGACAGUUUUAUAUAAAUAUAAUGAAAAUAUUGUAUUUGUCUUAAAUGCUAUAGCAGAACUUUAUAUCACUAAGGGUCAAUUGACGUGUGCUAUAGGAUGUGUAGAAAAUACAAUUGCAGCAGUUGCAGAAAGAUUUGGAUCUUUUAGUACUGAACUUUUAACUACACUAAUUAAACUUACAGAUUUAUGUGUUAUGUAUCUCCAAAAGGAAUCAGAUACUACUACAAGUACAUACAAAACCCUAUUUAGGACAACAUACAAAUAUCUGGACCAAGUAGAAGAGCUUGCAGAUUUUAAUUAUGGAUCAUGGAACAAAAUUUAUGAAGAUAUAAAAGGCAAACGAAAUAAAAUGAUCUCUAUUAUUUAAAAUAUUAUAUACAAU